AUGCCGGAACACGACGCCCUCGUCCAGGCGUACUCGCACCUGGCCGACUUUCCACGGGCCGGCGAGGCCCUCACGACGCUGAAGAAGGUCGCGUCGCUCGUCAAGCCCAUUAUGCGCGCGCGGCGCUGGCGGGUGGGCGAGCUCGCCGAGUUUUAUCCCGAACAGCACAACCUCCUAGGCCUCAACGUCAACCGCGGGCAGAGGAUCCUGCUGCGCCUCCGCCAUCCGGGCGACCGCGCGCAGUUUGUCACCAUCGAGCAGGUCGUCGACACGAUGCUCCACGAGCUCUCGCACAUCGUCCACGGCCCCCACGACGGCAAGUUUCACGCGCUCUGGAACCAGCUGCGCGACGAGCACAUGGGGCUCGUCAUGAAGGGGUACACGGGCGAGGGGUUCCUGUCCGAGGGUCACCGCCUCGGCGGCGGCGGGCAGAAGCCCAUGCACGAGGCGCGGCGGCUGGCCCGCGCAGCGGCUGAGAGGCGACGCGCCAGAGGGGCAGCCACGGGCGCCGCCGCGGGGCAGAGGCUCGCAAUCUCGGAGACGGCAACGAGGAACGGGUUCCGCACGCAGGCCGAGGAGGACGCGGCGAACGAGGCCGCCAUCUCGCAGGCGCUGUGGGAGCUCGUGCAAGAGGAGGAGAAGCAAAAGUACGGCAAUUACUACGUGCCCCCCAGUGCCCAACAUCCCGAGGGCAGCCAAGGAGGUGCCGUUAUGCCAAAUCAUGGCGGGCCGCUGCCGCCGCCGCCCUCUGUCCCUGCGCCAGAAACGCGACCGCCAACCUCAGGAUCGGCGCUGCAACCCCUGGCUUCAUCAUCCCGGGCAUCUACUGAUCAGUCGCUGACUACGCAGAAGGGAUGGACAUGCGGCCUGUGUACCUUGCACAACCCGGCCACGUUCCUCGCCUGUGAUGCCUGCGGUACACAACGGGGAGAAGAUGUGUCGCGAACGUCAUGGACGCCUAACGAGGAGAAAAGACGUACAAUGCCACUGUCGUUAACAACAGCAUCGGCGUCAACGUCGACAAAAUCCACGCCGGCAUCCAUACCGACAAUCGACCUUACGGACAGUCCGCCCUCCAAGGCCAAGGCUAAGGCCAAAAGUGUGCUGCCUGCGGCGACGCCCGCAAAUCCUACGGUAAAGAGCAAACCCCAGACUUGGCAGUGCUCCUUUUGUGGGACGAGGAUGGAACGAGAGUGGUGGACAUGCUGGACGUGUGGGAAGAUGAAGGACAAUUCUCGAUGA